UGAAUAUCGAAAUCUCGAUUUUAGGUUGUUAUUGGAUUAUAUUUAAUUCACAUGAUGUAGAGGAAUCAAAAGAGAAGAACAUAUUACAGAAUGACAGAAGAAAGAAUACAGUCAUUUUCACAAAGUAAAUUAAUCUCCACGGAUGUCGAUACUAUGGGGUUUGAUUUAUCAUCGGGCGACAAAUGGAUUUACCCAGAAAAUUUUCCUCGAAGAGAAUAUCAAUUUUCUAUUGUACAGACUGCUUUAUAUAGUAAUACAUUAGUAUGUUUACCAACAGGUUUAGGUAAAACAUUUAUUGCUGCUGUUAUUAUGUAUAAUUUUUGGAGAUGGUAUCCCAAAGGACGAAUUGUGUUUUUAGCCCCAACAAAACCACUUGUUACACAACAAAUUUUUGCUUGCAAUGACAUAAUGGGUAUUCCUCAUGACGAAACUAUAGAACUAACUGGUACUGUUAAUCGAAAUAAACGUCAACAAGCUUGGAAGCAAAAGCGAGUAAUUUUUGCUACACCACAAACUUUUCAAAAAGAUCUUCAGAAUGACUAUGUGCCUCAAGAGUUAAUUAAAUGUGUUGUUAUUGAUGAAGCUCAUAAGGCUUUAGGAAAACAUUCUUAUUGUGAAAUCAUUCGUGCAUUAAAUAAAAAGACUAAGUUUUUUCGAGUCCUUGCUUUAUCUGCAACUCCAGGAAGUAAAAUAGAUCACGUUCGGCAGGUUGUUCAAAAUUUAAAUAUUUCUGAACUGGAAUUAAGAGAUGAUAGUUCACCGGAUAUCAUCCCUUAUAUUAAUGAUAGAUCAAUAGAAAAAGUAAUUGUACGAUUGAAUAAACAAUUAAAAACUUAUAAAGAAAGAUAUAUAAAUAUUAUGGAUCGACAUGUAAGAAUUUUAGUUAAUUGUAAAAUUCUUCAAGGCAAUUUAAAUAAUAUUUCUAAAGGAAAGAUAUUUAUGUUAUUAAAACAAUAUGAAAAUCCACCUAAGAAAUCAAGUAAUCAUGGAAUAAUUUUAAAAACAUUAAAUAUAUUAAUUACAAUGUAUCAUGCUUUUGAACUUUUAAUAAAACAUGGAUUACGAGCAUUUUACAAUUUUUACUCCAAUCACUCAGAUAAGUUUUGGCUUAAAGCAGAAAUAGAGCUGCAAGUAUUAUUGGAAGAUAUAAUAAAACACAUUGGAAAUUUGCCACCGGUUGAAGCAUUAAUCGAUGGAAAUAUUUCAAAUAUACCUGAUAAUAUUAUAUUUGGACAUGAUAAAUUUUAUAAACUUUGCGAUUUAUUGGUGGAACAUUUUAAAUCCUUUUCUGAACAGAAACAGAGUACUAGAGCCAUUGUAUUUGUUGAAUACAGAGAUAUUGUUAAUGAAGCCUAUGUUUUAUUAUUGCAAAAGAAACCAUUAAUUCGUCCACAAAUGUUCAUAGGUAGAGCAGGAUUCAAUCAGAAACAACAAUCUGCAGCUCUCGAAGAUUUUAGAAAUAAUAAAGUUAAUGUUCUAAUUUCAACGUCAGUUGGUGAAGAAGGCUUAGAUGUUGGAGAAGUCGAUUUAAUUGUUUGUUUUGAUAUUUCAUCUAGUACUCCUAUAAGACUUGUUCAAAGAAUGGGUCGAACAGGUAGAAAACGAAAAGGACGUGUAGUAGUUUUAUUAACUGAAGGACAGGAAGAAGUGACUUUUUCUCAAGCCUUAACAAAAAAGAAUUCGUUAAAUACUAAGAUAUUACAGUCCAGUAACAUUACAUCGUCAUUGUAUGAAUCAAAUUCUCGAAUGGUACCUGCUUAUAUUAAUCCUCAAUGUCUUCCUAUAUUUAUUAAAGUUCAGCCAAAGCAACACAUUACGAGUAAAAAAGUGAAACAAUCGAUUGAAAAAAAAUCAAAAAAAUAUAAAAACAAUUCUAUUCCUUUGUACGAUAAUGAUAUAGCAUCAUCAUCAUCAUCAUCAUCAAAAACAAAUUUAAACACUAAAUCUUAUACAAAUACACAGUCGACGAUGAUGAAGUUUCUCUCUGAUCAACGUCAAGAGAAGCCGCUAUCUACUAGGAAUUAUGAAAGUGACUCUGGUAUCCUCUCAGAAGAAUUGCAUGUUAUUCAAAAUAAAACAAAUAUAGAAAAUUCCUACACUGUAAUAAAACCUGAAGAAGUUAAACUUAUUACUUCGGAUAGUCAUUCUGUAGAAUUUUUAACUCUUUGUACUAUGAAAAAAUCUGAACACGUUACACAAACUCAUAAUAUAAUAAAUAUUGAUAAGGCAUGGGUACCCACUCGUUCAUCUCAUGAUAUAUUUCAUGAUUUUCAUGUUCCGACGUUAGAUACGCUUAAUUGUAUCGAAGGCUUAACUUUUUACAAUAAAUCGUUUGAAAACGAACUCACAUCGGUAACAAUUAAAUCGUUACCUAAUUUUAACACGAAUGAACAAAAUAUGAGAAGUGAUAUAAAAUUUAACGAGUUUGAGGAUUCUUUAUUUAAUGAGUGUGUACAUGCAAAAAUAGAUCAAAAAACAAAUUUAAACAUACAAGAAAAAAUUGGUAUAGACGAAUUUGAUUUAUUAAACAGCGAUUGUUCUACUACAAAAUUGAACAAAAUUGAAACAUUAGAAAAAACUAAGUCAAUAAGUAAAAGCGUUGAAAUAUUUACUUCUGAUUUUUUUGAAGAUGACUGUUUUACUUUUAAUUCCAAAAACUAUCUCCCCGAAAAUGAUUUGAAAAAAGAUUCAAAAGACCAAGAUAAAAUUAAUUCCUUUACGACUACAUGCGAGGCGGCAAAAGAAUAUCAAUAUUUAUCUCAAGAACCAAUAGAAAGUGCGACUGUUGAAGUGGAUUUCCAAAAUAUUCUUGAUGAAUGUACCGAAUCGGAGGAAUCGGAAUCUCAAACUCUGAUUAACAGUCAAUUUGAACAAGCAAAUAUUUUUGACGAAUUAUUAAACGGAACUUCUUCGGAUACCGAUAUCUUCAAUUUCAGUGAGGAUGACGAUAAUAUUAAUAAUAUACCAACAGUUAUAAAUAAAAAUACAAUUAAAAAUUCAUCGAAAUCUACAAUAAAAAGAAGUGCCAGUAGUAGCCCCUGUCGAGAAUCGAUUAAGAAAAAGCAAAAAAUUUCUGAUAUUGAUUCAUCUGACAGUGAAAGUACUGAUAUUCCAGGUACUCCACAAAAAAGUAAAGAAAUAAAAUUAAACUUCGAUAACGAUAAUAAUAUUGAAAAAUUAAUUGUAAAUAAUGACUAUUUAGAUUCCGAUCAAGACCUUUUCGAUGAUCUUGAUUUUGAUACACAGUUUAGCUUUACUUCAAUAAAUGGAAAAGUACCUUCUGAAAAUGAAACAAAUCAUAUUAUUAUUCAAAGUGGUGAAAAAGAUAAAAAGUCAAUUAAUGCAGAAUAUAAUCAAGGACUGUUUGAUGAAAAUCUAAAAAAAUCUUCCGUCAUUAAAAAAGAAGAAAAUGUACAUUUAAUUCGAGAAAAGAUUAAAGAUGAAAAUAAAGAAAUCAAGAAGGACUUUAAUAAAGAUAGUGAAUUAUUGCUUCGCGAAAUGAGUUUAUUCGAUAAAAAAAUUGCGUUAAAUGACAUUGAAAAAGAAGAUAAAAAUAAAAAUAAACGUUUAUUUAAUGAUCGAAAGGAUAAUCUAUUCGCUUCUAAAAAACCAAGUAUUAUGGAUUUAAGUGAUCUCAACUUGAGUGAUUGGAAUGACGAUUUCAAUCUUGUAAAAAAAGAAUCUUCGUUUUCUAAUAUCUUCCAAGUUAAUACGACAAAAGAAAUAAAAAACGUGCAACUUAAAGUAGCAUAUAAUCGUAAUUUUUCAUCGACUUCAAAUGAAACGUUCGAUUUUCCAGUAAAUUCGAAUCUUAAGAGGCUAACAUCUAAAUCUUUGUCAGAUAAUAAAAAAUUGAAUUCUCUUAAUUUAGAUGAUAAAAAUGAAAUUUUCAAUGUUCAGAAUAUCAAAUCAUCGAAGUUAAAUUUAUUGAGUUUAAAAAAGAACGUAAAUGAUAAUGUUAACAAAGAUGAAGAUUGUUUUAUUAUACCUCAAGAUGAAAUAAAUGCAAAUUGUGAACUUAAAAUGUCUGAAUUUACCGCAUUGAAUGUGAUCGAACAUAAAUAUAAUAAUAAAGAAAAUAAGCUGCCGAGUGCAAGCGAUCAUUAUAAAAAAGAAAACGGUAUAAGUCCGCAAUUUCAAAAUAAUAUCGUAGAAAAUAAUAUGCAGAAUAAUAAUAAACAUAAAACAAAGGCAAAAAAAUUGAGAAAUGUAUUCAUUGAUAAUGAAGCGGUUGUUAGCACAAGUGAUGAAAGUCUAGAUGAAAGUUCUGGAGACGAGGAUAAAGAUUUGACAGAUUUCAUCAGUUAUUCACAAGAACAAAUAGAUACAACGGAUAUGAGAGCUCAUUAUUUACAAACUUUGAAUAAAAGCCCGAUAAAAGCUGGAGGUUUCGUAUUCAAACCUUUAAAAAACGUGGCGCCGGAUUGCGAAAUUUAUUCUCAGGUGCCAUCACAAGCCGAUAAUUCUUAUGUAAAUGAUUCAUUUUGCGUUGGGGAUGAGACAUACUUUGAUGAUUACAGCAGUGAUAAAAUUGCUAAUAAUUCUGUAUUAGAAGAUAUUGAAAUUCAUUUAGAAAACGAAAGAAAAAAAGCCAAAAAAAAGAGGAGAUUAAAAUUAAAAGGUUUAAAUAAUAGUAGAAAGCAAAUAUGCAGCAAAAAACUUUUAAUAAAUAAUAGAGAUAGUGAUAGUAGUAGUAGUGAAGAUGAAACUGAAGCUUUACGAAAUGAAGUUAUGGAAGAAUCCUUACUAUUAAAGCAAUUUAAAAAAUAAACUAAUAUACAUAUUAUAUUAUUUGA